AUGAAGCUUGCCGCCCUUGCUGCGGUUUUGGCGGGCAGUGCUAGCUACCUCCAAGUCAGCGCAGCACCCAUCAGACUCCUCCUAAUCACAAGCAGCGUCUCCACCAACUCCAACACCGGUCCCGCUGCCAACAUCAACCCCGCAUUCCAACACAUCCGCUUGGAGCACCCAGGCCCCAACCAAGCCGGACGAGUCGCAUGGCUCCAAGCCCCCCCCGCUGCUGUACCAUCAGGAGGAACCUGGGCCGCCGAGCAUCCCCGCCGCCCAUGCGGAGGGGGACGCAACAGGUUCCGUAAUCGCGUCAAAGCAAAGACGUUGGAGAUUACCAAUUUCUUCCGUGCGAAGCUUGGGUUGCCUUUGAAGGAGCCUGCGGUCCACCAUCACCACCAUAAGCAUGGGAAACACCACGAUGGUGAGCACCACCGCCAUCAUCAUAAAGGCCCCGAGGGCAAACAUGGUGGUGGUGCUCCGAUGUUCAUUGAGGCUGGUGCUCCUGUUCCCCACCAUGGCAGCAAGUACCAGCACCAGGCUCCGUGCUUCGGGAUGAGGCUCCAUCGGGCGCUCAUGUCGCUUGGCCCGUGGGAGGGCAGAGCUAUGGCUUUUGUCCUUGGCUGUGGAAUUGGCGUCCUGCUAAGGAUGUUCUGGGUCUUUGCAGUAGUCAUGAUCCGCAUCGUUAGAGGUGGUAGGACUUCCUCCUCGCAGUACACCCCUGUUCCCGUGAGCGUGAGCGCUGAAGAUCUCAUGGUCCCUCCUCCCACCUAUGUCUUUGAGGAUGUGAAGAUUCCGGUUGUUAUUGAGGAUGUCAAGGCUCCUGUCGUUGUUGAGGAGGUUGAGAAGAAGACUGCAGAGGAGGAAUCCAAGUAGGCACGGGCGGUUUUCGUUAUGGACUCGAAAUAUUCUUUCCUUCUGUCUGCCUGCUCCAAUCCCCCAGUCCUUCGCUCCGUCUGUAUCUCUCGGCUCGUCUGUUCCAAGUCCCAAGUUUCUCCUUUCCGUACCCUUACCCUCCCCCACCCCUAUUACUUACCCGUGAUCCAGUCUCCCGUUGAUAAUCUUGUAAAACCCAGAUCUCACUUGUGUUGAAUACA